UCCGGUUUUGGAUAACAAGGAGGGGGCAGGGCGGCGGUGAGGAACGCCGCCGCCCCGACGAUUUUGCUAAAUCUGCUGAAAUGAUGCAAAAACUGGAACGUCGGAGGGGGAAAAGCGGCGGGAGGGCUUUCUCUGUCUGACGGAAGCAACAUUCUUGCAACAUGGCAAUGUUUUGCACAAUCUGCAAGAACAGAAACUGCUUCCUCAUUAUUAGACUAGUUGUUUAGUCAUGUUGCUGAAUGAUAUAUCAUUGUGCCACUGCUGCUGAGUCCUGGAGUGUAUCAAUCUCUUUGGAGUUCCUGGGCCAUUAUGGCAGCAAGCUACACACCACCUUUUGAUGACCCUGGGGAGGUUAGAGAGGGCUUUCUGUGCCCUUUGUGUUUGAAGGACCUUCAGUCAUUUUACCAGCUUCAGUCUCAUUAUGAAGAAGAACAUUCAAGUGAAGACAAAGAUGUUAAAGGACAACUCAGAAAUCUAGUCCAAAAAGCAAAAAAAGCAAAAGAUAAACUGUUGAAGCGAGAAGACGACCGAACUGAAGGGGGGCCUCAGGAGCGAUACGAAUCUUACAGCUAUGGUGGAGUUGAUCCAUAUAUGUGGGAGCCUCAAGAAUUAGGUGCUGUGAGGAGUCAUCUUUCUGACUUUAAGAAGCACAGAGCAGCCAGAAUUGAUCACUAUGUAGUGGAAGUCAAUAAAUUAAUAAUCAGGUUAGAGAAGCUUACAUCCUUUGACAGAACUAAUACUGAUUCUGCAAAAAUAAGAGCAAUAGAGAAAUCUGUAGUGCCUUGGGUUAAUGAUCAGGACGUGCCAUUUUGUCCGGAUUGUGGUAACAAGUUCACCAUUCGGAACAGACGUCACCAUUGCCGCCUUUGUGGGUCUAUCAUGUGCAAGAAGUGCAUGGAACUUGUCAGCCUUCCCUUUGCAAGCAAACUCACCACUGCCAGCAAGGAGGUCUUGGCCUCUCAUACUAGUCCAAACUGCUCGCCCAACAGUGUCCAUGGCUCUCGCCGUGGGAGCAUCAGUAGUGUAAGCAGUGUGAGCUCUGUCCUCGAUGAAAAAGAUGAUGAUCGAAUCCGCUGUUGUAGACACUGUAAAGAUACUCUGCUCAAAAGAGAACAACAGAUUGAUGAGAGCGAGUACACACCAGACAUCGUGAAACUAUAUGAGAAACUUCGGCUUUGCAUGGAAAAAAUUGACCAGAAGGCCCCAGAAUACAUAAAGAUGGCAGAAUCAUUAAAUGCUGGGGAGACAACCUAUAGCCUUGAAAAUGCUAGUGGUCUCAGGAUGGAAGUACAAAAGAUGUAUGAGUUAAUAGAUGCUUUAAGCAAGAAGAUUCUGACUCUUGGUUUAAAUGAAGAGCCACAACCUCAUCCCAAAACACUACAACUUCAGAGAAUGAUCAGAUAUUCAGCCACACUUUUUGUGCAGGAAAAACUGCUUGGUCUGAUGUCCCUACCAACCAAAGACCAGUAUGAAGAACUGAAAGAGAAAAAGAAACAAGAGUUGGAUAGAAAACUACAGAUGGAGAGACAAGCAACACUUGAAGCACAGAGACGGCUGGAGGAGAAGCACAUGGACUUUGUUUCCAGAUCUGUGGCAGCAUCCAAUGGUGAGGUGUCCCCAUUAAAAAGGGUUGCAGUAAAAAAAGCUGAAGGCUGGCUACCCACUGCCAGCACAUCUCGUCGUCAAGAGCUUGCAGACCCACUUCUUCAGCAGAUCGACAAUAUCACAUCCUUUAUUAAGCAAGCAAAGGAAGCAAAUCGUUUAGAUGAGGUCCGGAUGUUGCAGGAGAACCUGCGACAACUUCAGGAUGAAUAUGAUCAACAACAAACUGAAAAAGCCAUUGAGCUUUCUAAAAGGCAGGCUGAGAUGGAGGAGAUGCAGAGAGAACAAUUGCAAAUCCUUUGUGAAAAGGAAUGGGAGAGGGAGCAUAAAAAAAGAAUGUCUCAGCAUUCCCGGACACGUUCCCUAGAUUUUAGAGAUGUGAAGCACAACAAGGCAGAGACCGGGAAAGAGAGUCUAAACCAAAUAGCACAUGUUUUGGAUUUAGAUACCCCUCAGAGCAAGAAUAACCCAGGCUCGAAAGCAUCUUCCCCAAAUGGGGGUGACCAGCUGUCAGCUAGUGAGAGCCCAGUCUUCCCUGGUCAGCCUUCAGGAGUCCAAGAACAUGAUAAAGUCAUAACUAAGAUUGUCCCCAUAAACCCCUUUGAAGAGGAGGCAGUGACCAGCACUUUACAGCACAAACCGGAUAACCCAUUUGCAGAAGACUCUUCACCAGUGGCAUCCUUGCCCACCAAAGCUUUGCACAGUGGUAAAAAAGAAAGCAACCCCUUUGAAGAUGAGGAGGAUCAUCAGCAGGCAAAUGGAGUAGCUGUCAGUGCUUCAAACCCCUUUGAAGAUGCUAUUGGAAAUCCAUUUUGUGCACCCAUAGGUAAUCCGUUUGAGGAGUCCUCUUCCUCAAUGAAUCCUUUUGAAGUGGAUGAUGAUAAUGAAGUGUCAGGAGAAGAUGUAAUAGAAGAGGAAUUACUGCUCCAACAGAUAGAUAAUAUCAAAGCUUAUAUUUUUGAUGCCAAACACAGUGGGCGAAUGGAUGAGGUAGAAGUGCUCACUGAGAAUUUAAAAGAACUGAAACGCACAUUAGCAAAGCAGAAGGAGAAAUCCACUUUCUGAACAAAUGACUAUAUCUAGGCACAAACAACUUUACAGUUUCCUGUUUGUCCCAGAGGUGGGGCAGUUGGAAUUAAAAUAAGCAGCACGUUGCAAGAGGGACUUCUGGGAGUUGGAUCCAAUCUUAUGCACUUUGGUAUAGGCAUUUCCACUAUUAUUCAAACUUUGCAAAUAAUGUCCACACUAUUUAUAAUGCUGUAAUAACCUAAAGCUGUUUUACAGACAUUUAAAAAUAUAUUUUAAACUCCUCACAACUAGUUUUUGCCACAACCAAACUCUUCAAGAGCACGGUCAUGCUCCUUAGUUCUGAUGUAUAUUCCAGAGGACUAGUAGGGAAAUUGAUGCUUUAAAAUGCAGGGGACUGUUUGCAUUCUUUCCCUCUGUGUUUGGUUGCAGUAUUAGAGACUAGCCUUUGGCUCUUUCACCAACAAUGGACUCAGAUUGUCCUAUAAUUCUUUGUCAAGCAUGCCUCACAGAAAUCAGAUGGGGUCUUUUAGCAGAUGCGCUUCACUGCCAUACAUGCUAAGAGCAAGUGUUAAAAAGCAGGUUACUGAGAUGCAGUGACCUGUACAAUAUAAAGGCCAAUGAUCUGACUGUGCAAUAAAAAAUAGAUAUAUAAAGGGAUUUUAAAGUAGACUUGAUAGCUGUGAUGUUACAGAAGUAAUGGCUGUUUUAGAUAACGUAUCAGCCCCUGAAGCCUGUCUUGAGAUGAUGAAUGUCUUUACCUGCCAUGACCUGUUUUUCGGGGCUCAUCAGCCCAACACGCUGAAACAAAUUUUACUUUAAUGGCUUUCCUUAGGGAACUCUGGGAACAGUAUCUUUGUGAGGCUGGUGAGUGUUCUCCUGAGCCCCUCACAGAAUUGCAAUUCCCAGGAUUUCUAGGGUGGGAGAUGAUAGAAUUGUCAUGAUGGCUAAACAGGUUUCUGUUUGCAGUGUAGGUGAGCCUCUGUAUUUGGGGUUCCUCACUAGUUUCUGUAGCGGAAGUGUGCAGUGAGAAGGUCUACUAACAAGUGACAAAGUGGGGGUCAACCACAGUCUGCAAUUGAUCCAGUCAUAAAUGACAAUAGAAAGUCCCAUCCAUCUCUUUUAACAGACAAUUUGCUACCUCUGUCAAGAUUUGACUCCUUAAAAUAUAAAAAAAUACUAAAGAAUAAACAUGCCAUGUUUCCAACUGCUUUGUUCCUUUAGAAGCCUGGAGUGGUUCAGGAAACUAGAAAGCUUAGGCGUAUAAUCCACCAAAUGCUGUUGUUGUGCAACCUCCAUUUAAAAAGGUGGAGAGUACCUAUAUUCUGAUCUUCUUUUACACUUCAAAUCUGAACUGGAACUUCUAGAACAAGUUUUUUCCAAAAAGGUUACUGAGGGACUAUUGUACUCAGUUGUACUGAGUGAAUUUCUGUUGUGGAUGAAAAAAUUUAAAUGUCAUAUGGCAAAGGUAAUACUUGAAGAGUAUUGUGGACUUUUAUAGGCUAAAAUCUGCUUUGGGUUGGGGAAGAAGGCUCAACAUCUGAUAACUGAGAUAAGGGGGGUUUUUUUGUUGCAUUUAUCACAAGAAUUUUACUCACACUUGAAAAUGUUGGUCUAAAUACUAAUGAAGAAACAAGGGACUAAUCCAAGAGUAGUAGGACACUAAUAUUUUGUUAGUUAAUUGUAAAUGUGGUAAUGCAAACUGUUGGGCUAUGGGAAUCCUUGAAACAUGUUUACAGGUAAGUUUUGUUACUAAUAGGGUGAUUUAUAUGGUCAAGAACUAAGGCAGCACUUUACAUAUUAGGUUUUAUGUACUACAAAUUCAUCUUUUUCUAUUUCCACUGGGCUUUGGGUUAUUUGGAGGGAAAACAAACAUUCCUUCUCGUUUCUUCCUUCAGAAGGAAAAACCUGGCUUAACUGUAAUUUGACAUAUCAGUCUUUCAGCUAAAGCUUCUAAUUCUCAAUCAGCCCUCAAUUAUGUUUGUCCAUCCUGUGAAGACUAACUUGGUCAUUACAACACUUAGAGUUAUAGUACUAGGGACAAAUGCUUAAGUUCAGUGUAGCUUUUCCCCCUAACUGGAAACAGCUGGGAGCAGUUUUCUGGUGCUCAGAACAGAACUGAGGCUGAACAUCAGGUAACUGGAAUAUAUGUCUGGUAAAGUACAACUUUUUUUAAAGUAUGUGUAUAACUAGUUUAGCUGAUACCUAUAGCUUUUAAGCAACUCCCAGUUUCAGAAAAAAUAAUCUAAAUUAUAGGCAGUGAGACACUAAACACAGCUGGUAUCCUUUGUAUAGCCCAGCCAAAAUACGUUUAAGUGGCUUCAUAUAAGUAUAUUUUUACAUUUUCCUUUGUUUCACACAUUCUACCUUGUUUGUACUUCAUAGCCCAGUUCAGUAAAGUAUACUAAUAGUAUUGAUGUACUUUUACUAGCAGCUAUGUUGGUUUGUAGCUCUAUGACUGCAAGUCAAUGUGAAAUGUCAGCUAGCCUUUUUUCAUAGGAUGGUGUAGACCCGCAUUUUGACAGCUUUCCAUUUGUACUACUGCAUUGACACUCUAAAGAGAACAAAACUGUGCCAUUGUGAAAUUUAACAUGACAUGUUUAUACAUGUGCAUGCACCAUUCUAGUUUGCUUUCUGAUGAAAUAAAAAGUUUGUUUCUGUGCA